GCAGGCGGAGGGGGCGCGGGCAGCCGCCUGCGGAUGGGUGACACGCUUCUGGGGUUCUAACAUGAAUGGAGCCGUGAGAGUACGACCGGAUGCCGUCGAGGAAUUCGAGUCCCGUAUCUAGGUUACCAGAUGAGUGCUGUGUAAGAGGGCGGCUGCCUCCGUGUCUGUAUGCUACACUGGAUUCGUGCAACACUCAUAGCCCGCAAGGUGCUCUGUGAGUUAGCGAGGAGACAGGCAGCUUUUGACCGUGCGUCGAGAGGUUUCGUCUCUCCCGACCUGAGUGAUAAAAAAACAUGACUGUGGCCAAUGCCAAGUCAGGCUCAGCUAUGCAGCAGGUGCUGGACAACCUUAAGGAGCUGCCCUCAGGCACCGGAGCCAAAGACAUUGACCUCAUCUUCCUCAGAGGCAUCAUGGAGAGCCCCAUCGUCCACUCUCUUGCCAAGGCCCAUGAGCGUCUUGAGGAUGUCAAGCUGCAGGCGGUGGGCGAUAACAACGUUCAGCUGGUGACGGAGGUCCUGGACUCUGUCACCAAGCUGGCAGAGACAGAUGCCUCAGCCGCCGAGCUCGCCAAAAUCCUCCAGGAGCCUCACUUUCAGUCGUUGAUAGAAGCCCACGACAAAGUAGCCUCUAAGUGCUUUGAGAUGCCCAACGCUGCGGUGAACAGCGACGCCUUGUUAACCGGUUCUCUCAUUCCUGCUGAUGCCGUCAGGAUGAUCAGCAUCCAGAAGAAAGCCGGGGAGCCGCUGGGUGUGACGUUCCGGGUGGAGCAAGGAGACCUGGUGAUUGCGCGGAUACUGCACGGCAGCGCGAUCGACAGGCAGGGCAUGCUGCACACAGGCGACAUCAUCCGCGAGGUAAACGGUUGUGAGGUCGGCAGUGACCCCAAGGGGCUGCAGGAGCUGCUGAGGGACUGCAGCGGAAGUGUCAUGCUGAAGGUCCUGCCCAGCUACCGAGACACACCUGCACCUCCUCAGGUUUACCUGAAGCCACACUUCAACUACAACCCUACCACGGACAACCUUAUCCCUUGUAAGGAGGCAGGGCUGGCCUUCUCCAAGGGAGACAUCCUUCACGUCGUUAACAAGGAGGACCCCAACUGGUGGCAGGCAUGCAACAUCGCAGGUGGGGCCACUGGUCUAAUUCCCAGUCAAUUCUUGGAGGAGAAGAGGAAAGCGUUUGUUAGGAAAGACUGGGAUACCUCUGGCAUGCUGUGUGGGACAAUAACGGGAAAGAAAAAGAAAAAAAGAAUGAUGUAUCUCACUGCAAAGAAUGCAGAGUUUGACCGUUAUGAGCUGCAGAUCUACGAGGAGGUGACCAAGAUGCCGCCAUUCCAGAGGAAAACGCUGAUUCUGAUUGGAGCCCAGGGAGUGGGGAGACGGAGCCUAAAGAACAGACUCAUCGUCAUCAACCCCCUGAAAUACGGAACCACCGUCCCAUUCACUUCGCGGCGUCCGAGGGAGGAGGAGCGAGACGGCCAGUCCUACUGCUUUGUGACGCGGGAGGAAAUGGAAAAGGACAUCAAAGACGGCCGUUACCUUGAGCACGGCGAGUACGACGGCAACCUCUAUGGCACCAAGAUCGACUCUAUUCACGAAGUGGUAGACACGGGCCGCACCUGCAUCCUGGACGUCAACCCUCAGGCCCUGAAAGUGUUGAAGACUGCUGAGUUUAUGCCAUUUGUGGUGUUUAUUGCGGCUCCUGAACUGGACACACUAAGAGCUAUGCAUAAAGCCGUAGUGGACGCUGGACUCACCACCAAGCUGCUAACGGAGAAUGACCUGAAGAAGACCGUGGACGAGAGCGCCAGAAUCCGCAGGGCCUACAGCCACUACUUUGACCUGACCAUUGUCAAUGACAACCUGGACAAGGCCUUCGACAAGCUGCAAGAGGCAGUGGAGUGGUUAUCCCUGGAGCCCCAGUGGGUCCCAGUCAGCUGGGUCUACUGAGACUCCGCCCCCUGCUGGACUGAUACCACUGCCCCCUGGUGCCUGGUCCGAGGAGGGAGAGGACCACCCACGGGCCUGGGAGGUGGGCCAUUGUACUACAUACAGACAUAGAAAUGUGGGACAUGAACCCUGUGAGAGACGGUGGGUCUCGUGUCAAACUGUACCAGAGUCACCCCGCCUGGAACUGCCAGAUAACCCUGUGCACACUAUGCAACUCUGCCCCCGACACACAGGAAGUGUACUUAAUUUAUUGGCAAAAAAAAAAGAAAUAAAUGUCUUAACUAAAUUAUAAUUCUAUUGGAAUAGAUUUGGGGGAAAAAAUAUCGAUGACUGUUGGGAUGUUUUCAAAAUUUAGAACUUUCUAGCUCGUUUUCGACCAGUACUGUUCGUGUUGUGUCAGUGUACAAGAGAAGUUUUAUUUAUUUGGGAAACAUGAGGAGGGCUUGCUUGAUGAAAAGGAGAUACCUCAGUGUCGGUGUUUACAGUGCUUUUCGCAUACAGUUAUUUCAUUUCACGUCGUAGCAACAGUCUCGCCCCCAUCCGUGUAGAUUUGUGUAUCGUGUGUUUUCUUGAAACAAGUCCUCCUUGUUUUUUUUCCCUCCUGAAGGCUUAAGUCGAGCUCUGGCCUCCUUAUGAAGGGCUCAGAAACAGCAGUGUCCACAUUAAAACUUCCGACUCGUGAGUGAACGGGGUCAUCGCCGGUCUGUCUUCGUUGCAGUUGUACAGAGGAAGCUAAUACUUUAUCGGUUGCGUAUAAUUUCUCGUUUCCAUAGGACAACGGAUCACAUUAAUUAGUGUCACACAAUUAGGUCAGUACUUAAUGUAAUUGUCUCUGACUCAUUCUGGUCUCUAUGGUGCUGUUUGUGUUUGUUUGGGAGAGAGGAAACCCUUCCACAGGACUCGUAACAGGGUUCUGCAUCUCAGUGAACCAUCCCUUCUGAUGUGAGCUUACUGGAACUUAACUGUUUUUAAAUAAAGGCCAUAUUUACUUAUAAAGGUAUAUUUUACAAUUUUAGAGAAGAUAUGUAUUUUCAUGUCCAAAUAA